AGGAUGGACGACACACUUUUCCAGCUAAAGUUCACAGCAAAGCAGCUGGAGAAACUCGCCAAAAAAGCCGAGAAGGACUCUAAGGCUGAGCAAGCCAAAGUCAAAAAGGCUCUUCAGCAGAAGAACGUGGAGUGUGCUCGUGUCUACGCAGAGAAUGCCAUCCGCAAGAAGAACGAAGGCCUCAACUGGCUCCGCAUGUCCUCCCGGGUGGACGCGGUGGCCUCCAAGGUCCAGACAGCAGUAACCAUGAAGGGGGUGACGAAAAACAUGGCCCAGGUGACCAAGGCCUUGGAUAAGGCUUUGAGCUCCAUGGACCUGCAGAAGGUGUCUGCAGUGAUGGAUAAAUUUGAGCAGCAGGUUCAGAAUCUGGAUGUUCAUACAUCGGUCAUGGAGGACUCCAUGAGCUCUGCUACCACGCUGACCACGCCGCAGGAGCAGGUGGACAGCCUCAUCGUGCAGAUCGCCGAGGAGAACGGCCUGGAGAUCAUGGACCAGCUGAGCCAGCUGCCCGAGGGCGCCUCAGCCGUGGGGGAGAGCUCCGUCCGCACCCAGGAAGAUCAACUGUCCCGGAGGUUGGCUGCCUUGAGGAACUAAGCUCUGCUGUCACCCCUGUGGACUGCUGCCCUGCACCAGUGGUACAGCCUGUGGGGUGGAGGAGCCUGGGACUCUUUCCCCACCACUGCGUUGUCCUUGUUCUGACUCACCAGUCCUCCAGCAGCACAUCCCCAGCCCUGCCUGUGUUUGGACUCCUCUUUUGGGCUGUGAGGGUGACACAGGCGCAGCGAUCUUGGCUCUGGGGGGGAAGUUCUGAGCCUCUCUGGGCUACAGGAACGCUUUGCUGCUUCUGAUUUUUGGGGUGUUUUUCGUUUGAGACUUGCUGCUGGUUCCUGGCAACGUCCUGCUACUGAUUUAACACUGAAGGAACCCUUCUGGAGGCAGUUGGGGGUGUCUCCUGGGGUGCUGCUCUCCCAGGUCCCCUCCGUGGGUGGCACACUCCUGUCGUUAGCUGAGGCCACGUCUCCCAGCCCUGCAGCAAGGAGCUGUUUGCAAGGAGCAGGGAGAUCCCUGCGGCUUCUUGGGAAGGGUUUAGCUGGCCAGGGUGUUUCUGGGAAGGUUUGUGCCUUGCAGGAAGGGGAGGUGACAUGGUGGCAUCCCUUCCUGAGCUGGAGCUGGGUAGUGUUUGCAGGCUUCACCUCAUGGAUCUCCAGCUCCUUGUCCUGCCCUGCCAAACCUCCCUGUGCCACAAAGUGACCUUUGAAACGCUCGUCCCUGCCCCACUGUGUGUGUGUGAAUCCCUGUGGGCUGGAAAUGGUUAUCCAGGCCCUGGCCUCCCACUUGGACCGCUCCCUGCCCCACAUCCAGCAGCUGGGAGCAGAGUUGCAGCAGCUGUGAUGGCCACAGCAUCGUCCCCAAAAGUCCCCAUGGCUGGAUGGCUGUGAUGGUAAAUCUAAACCACCCUGGGAGAGUGGCCGUGGCUCAUGCCCUCCAUGUCUGCUGCUGUUCCCUCUGCUGUCCCUGCGCCUGCUCCAUGCUCUGUAUCCUGGCUGGAUGAGGGCAGGGGCUGCUUCUGGCCCCUCUCCUCCCAAAACCUGGCUGCUUAUCCCUUGGAGCUGUCUCCUGGGGCUGAAGCCCUGUGACUCCCAGACCACUGAGAUUGUGAACUGAUGGGAAGCUGGAGGUGCUGGGUUGACAGGAAGCUCUGUAUUGAUGGGAAUCUUGCCAGGAAGGAAAGGCCAUUUCCUUUGGCUCUCUGGAGAAGCAACUUUAACCUUCUCUCUGCAAGCUGUAAGUGAGGGUUAGGGCCAGUGCUGAGCUUUGCCAGGUGUGACCAGGAGCUGGCAGAUGGUCCAAUUUAUCACUUUUAAAGGGAAUUUCAGGUCCCACACGACUGCUUUGGGCUGUGCUGCCAGGAGGGAAGGGAAGCAUGAGGAGAGGGGAGGCAGCUCUGUCCCACCCCCUGGUGCUGGCUGGUGUUCCCCAAGGUGGGGCAGGGCUCAUCUCCCCAGCACACAGCACAAACAUUUUUCCCUGUUUUGGUGACACUUCCUGAGUUAAGUGGCCUUGAUGGUGUGUGACUGACAAAGCCUCUUUCCCCAGGAGGAGAAGGUGGCUUUGGGCUACAAACCCCCUGUGUGUGAUGGAUCUUGUGCCACCUCCCCAGAAAUCAGGAGCCCCACUGGAGAUUUGUGCCAGGGCCACUUUUGCUCCCUGGCCUAGGUGCCAUCCUUGAGACUGGGGCCUGGGGCAUACCCUGUGGCCUGGGGAGCCCCUGGGCUGGAAGAGCUCCUUCCACCAUGGUGUUUCUCUGUGGUUUUGUUUCUGUCUUUUUUAAAGCUUGUCUCGUUUGCCUUUUCCCUGUCUUCUCCCAAGCCCUGUUUCUGCUGUUUUAAAUAAA